CCGUCAUCUUGUUUUGUCCUUGAAGAUUGGUAGACAGUUAUGUAUCAAAAUUGCUAGUUGCCAAGUUCAUCGCGCUGUAACGCCUCGUUAAUAAUGUGAUACAAUUAUGCCUAACAAUAAUUCGGAGAAAAAAUUGACAAAUUUCUGAUGUCAGAGUCCCAGGAACAUACUCAGCUCAAUUUUUUUAACCUGAACUUUGGUGCAUGGAAUAAUGGAUCUAACAUGGAACUAGUCAAUAAUGAUAUUUGGCCUCUCAACACAGAUUCUUUUCUCGCACAUCCUAAACUGAGCAAUAUAGCUAUUCCACCCCCGAAACAACCGGAAAAACUAACUGUAGACUCUAAGUCGGAUGCUCCAGAGAUGCGUAGGUCACUUUUAUUUUUAAUGUCCACAGUUUCAUGGUCUCCCAACAACCCUUUGAGACCCCCCAACAAGAUGUCUAUUUGGUCAAGUGAUAUGCAGCUAUCAGAAGCGAAAUCAUCAGGCGCUCCCAACCAACUUUGGGGGAGUUCAACUAGUCAGAGUAACCCACUCGCCUGUGAUGAUGUCUGGGACUCGUCUCAUGAUCCUGUGUUCCAAAUACCUAGGGUUAAUAAUGACAUUGAUUAUUGGAAGUUUAGUCCUCCACACUGCAUUGGUUCUCUCACAAAUGUGCCUAUCACUGUUGCGGAGUCAGAUGUCUUAAGUGAUGCAUCCAGGUCUUCCAGUUUACCUCAUAGUAGCCCUGCUAGUAACCUUCCCGAUGUUACUGCAAUGCUUUCUGGCCUGGCUCUUACUCCUAGGAAUUCUGAGGAGUCACCAUCUCAUGUUAAAACAUCUGUCGGCUGUGUUAACGAAAAUGAUGUUGCGUUCACAACAGAACAGCUCUGUGACCGACUAAUCAAUACAAACGAAGGUUGGGGGCGACGACCAAUCGAUCAAGCAACACCUUGGGAACCAUUAGAUCCAAAGUUAAGUGAUCAAGUAAAUCGCAGUGGCAUAACUACACCUACACCAGGAGCUUGCCCUUCUGGAUACAUAGUGGGGAAUCUUCGAAUAUCUCAAACUCACUCAUCUGAUUCUAACGUUUGGGCAAGUGAACCACCAACAGGAACAGGGAUAUGGGAAAUGCAUUAUGAAAGCUUGGGUGGACGUUCGGCUGCAUGGCAGGCAGAAUCACAGUCCUCAACUUACCGUGAUGUUUCGUCUGUCGCCCAUAUUAACCCUAACGCUUUAGUGAACUGUAAUAUGAACGCAAAUUCUCGCAGUGUGACACAAGUGCCACCUAAUAACCGUCUUAAUACUUGUCGCGAUUGGGAAGAUAAUGAAAAUAGAUUAUCCAAAAACUGGAAUACUGGCCUCUCUGGAUCCUCAGACCGUAGCAGCUUGUUGUGGAACGCAUCCGUGUGUGUGACAGAUAACGAAGAUGGUGUUAGUGGAGGCAUCAUCCACAGACGCCCACCAGUGACAGCUGCUUCCAAUCAGGAAACUUUUUGGAAUAGUGGGACUGCUGUUCAACAAUCCAAUGGUCGUCCUGUACUUGGUAAUACUCGCCCCAUACUUCCGACACACAAUCCACCAGAUGAGUUCUCUUGGGAUCCUGAUUCGAAUUUGUUGAGAUCCGGUGUAAAUCCAAACGGUAUCGCCUCGUGGGACACAUCACCCAAUGGGGUGGUCAGCACCAGUUGGGGGACUCCUGCAACUCCAAGUUUAAUAAGUUCUAUGCAAACUCACUUCCCACCUGUUUCGGAUGAUGUUAGACGUCCACAGAAUUUCAUGGGUCCUAAUUCACUUCCUCAGGGGUCUGAACGACUACAAAUUCACCCAUAUAGUAAUACCUAUCGCGCGGAUUUGGUUAAAUAUUUAAUGAGUCAGGGAUUUAAGAAGGAAGAUGCACAUGCUGCGUUAAUUGCCUGCAAUAUGGAACCAGAUAAAGCUAUAAUUGAAUUGCGAGAGCGUUACAGCACCAACAGAACUAUGAACUCCAUGGCACAACCUCCAGAGCUUAAUCGUAAUUUUGGAGUUAACAACUCUCUUCACACUGUAUCGCGAAAUGGACCUAUGAACCAGCUGUCAAAUGAUGCAUCGUUAUCACAGUUUGCACCUUCUGGAAAUAACUCGUCAGUGUCUGCACAAAAUCAUCGUAUUAAGCAACCAGGGUCGUGCGUAACUACGCAAAGUAAUACAACUCAACUUUUAUCUAUGCAACCAGUUCCUAACUCUCAGUUCAUGCGACAGCAAAUUACUCAACAGGUCCGAUCUGCCUUAAACCUUUCCCUUCCAAGUCCGUUGAAUGUUCCAAUGAAUGGUAGUGCCACAGUUGGUACCUGUGGUGGUUCACUUUUGGGCCAACCUCCACCUCCUUCAUUAUCAAGCGUUAAUCCUAACACACAAACUGCAUCGUCUGCUAAUUCUCAUCUAAUCACUAGCCUAUCAACUACUUCUAGUUUAUGUCCUAUCAAAAAUAAUCGUACACCGAUCGGACCAACAUCUUUCAACCAAAACUCAACAAAACGGUCACCUCGUCAAAUGUCAAUUAUCAACUCCAUCAUUGAACUGCAAAAAAAACAUCAAAGCAUUCAACACCAGCUAACUAUGUAUCAUAAUAACCCUGCCCUUCGUUCACAACCUCAGUAUGCAGAUGUAUUUGUCGAACUCCAAGGUCAAAUGCAACAGAUUGAAACUCAAUUACACGCAAAGCGAGCUCAACUUAACUUAACUCGUGCUCAUGAUCCUGCAACACAAACAGUAAAGACAUCUUUAUUGCCUCCAAACGGUACCGAUAUUUCUGAUAACUCAUUUCCUGCUAUUGGAACGUGGAUGGCACCUUCUCCGCAUUGUGGUGAAAAUUUUGAUAAAAAUGUAGUGGAUGGUUCAGUUUCUAAAAUGAACAAUUUCACACGCACUCCUACUAGCAAGAUAUCAGAUAAUUGGUCUCCUACAUUGUCUUUAUCUGUCACAAGUCCAUCCUGUUCUAAUAAUCGAUCCGCUCAAAAUCAAUGGCAACAAACAAAUAGUCAACCACGAUGCACUUUAGAGAGUAACAUCAUAAACUUUCCGGUGUCAAAAAAUAAUUUUCCAUCAGCUAACUUAUCUAAUGAUAUUCAAGGUCAAUGGCUAUUGGUGCAACCACUCUUAGGAGGAUGGAACGGUAUAAACAUUCACAAUCUGCAAAAUAUUUUAUCAACUCAUUUUAAACUUACUAGUUUUCAUGUUUUGAAUCCAAGCAGCUGUAGCGUACUAAUCAGACUUCAAAAUAUGGAGGACUCAUUGCAGUUAGUGAAAACUUUUGCCGAUCGUUUAUCUCUACAACCGUUGUCCGAUCUCGACGCUCGUCUUCAUUUGCAACAACUAUCUUUAAACACUGGCGUGGAUGGUCUAACAUCUAAUCAAUUUACUAAUAAUACAUUAUCUGAAAUGCAUGCCACAUCAUCCAGUUUGAAUAGCAACGGACAAUUUUACUUCCCCAUGAAUUCGAAUAACAAAAAACCUAAUCCUCAUAUAUCUCGUUUUGGAAUAACUGUAUGUGGAAGCAAGUAAUGAUUUGUUUUUAUGAGAAAAAUGAUUGCUUUGUGGAAUCUCUCAUUCCUUGAUUUUUCUUAGGGAAGUCUUCCAAUCUCAACGCUUUUGCGUUCAGAUUCAAGUCUCUAAAGUGCAGCUAAAAACUGUCAGUCUAAAAGUUGAUCACUCUUCUCAAACUUCUUUAAUUAUGCUCAAGUUUCGUCAGUAUGUUGUUGUAUUACUCUUUCAAUACCACUACACUACUACUAUUUAAGUUCAUUGUUUGCUGUGCCUACGAACAUUCUGUGAUCCAAUGUUAUUACAAUCAUGGGUUUUGACUUUACAAAAUUAUAUAUGCGGAUCAAAACUAGUCAGAAUUGCCUUGUUGAUUACAAAUGUCCUUUUUAUUCAUAUCUUUCCCAUCUUAUAUAUAUAUAUCUAUAAAACAUAUACCUCAUUGCCUUUCAUACAUUAUUUCUGUGUGUCUGUGAAUGUAUUCUGACUGUUUUGCUUGUUGAGUAUUUCAGUUCAUUGUUUUUAAACCGUCCAAUUUUAGUAGUCUUUCAUUUGUGUGCUUUGAUUGGACAGUUUCUAUGACCUAUAAAUCAUUGUUUCAUUGACCACUUACUUAUCUUCCUGUAAAGAGACUUCUAGUAUCGCUAAAAACUAAAUCUAUGUUUUCUGCUUAUAAAAUCGAGUGUAUUCCUGCUCCAUUUUUCCAUAUCUAGGUUGUCCUAUAUAUAUAUAUUAUAUUGAUAUACCUUUACUGAAAUAAAUUGUACUCCCUUAUGUCUCUCUCUACAUGUGACAUAUUUUGUCUGUUUUCAUUCAGUUAAUCAAUGCUAAACUGAGAAUGUAUUCUUCCAUCUUAUUAUAGUACAACACACAGACCAUGUCUUUUUUAAGACCCCUAACUGUGAUGUAUUUACGUAUGCUCAUUGUGUUCUAUUUUUUCCUCAUUAUUUCUUUCAUCUUUAAAAUGUAAAAUUACUUAGCCAAUCAUCACUACUCGUAUAUGCAUACACACUGCCCUAAAUAUAUAGACCGGUGCAAUAUGUUUCUUGUCCCCUCAAAUUAUGCUCUAAACACAUUACUUACCUACCUCUUAAAAUAGCAGUAAUUUUGUUUGCUAAGUUUAUAGUUCAUGCACCGUGUGUGUGUGUGUAUUUGUAUGUGUGUGUGCGUGCCCGAUCAAUAAUCCUUUUUUGUUCUUAAACAUUAAUAAAAGUGUGCAUCUUAUUAUCUUAUCAAAAUAUCACAUCAUCUAGUAGUAAGUUAUAAUGAAUAAAAGAACUACAACCGUACUUUAUCAUCAGAAAUGUUAUAAUUUUUGCAGAUCUAACUGAAAUUACAUAACUUCGUUAUCAUUCUUAUUAAAACUUGACGAAAAACUACUCAUAUAUAUAUAUAUAUAU